CGCUCUCUUUCUCUCUCUUCUUAUUUACCCAUUUUCAAUUCUGUUUGUUUGUUUGUUUUUGCUUUCUUUCUUUCUUUCUUUCUUUCUCGCUCGCUCUAUCUCUAUCCUUCCAUUGCCUUCCCUCCCAUCUUUAGCUCCUCCCCCAGAUUCCAUCACUUUCUCGGGAGAGAGAGAGAGAGAAAGAAGGGAGAAAGAAAGAAAGAAAAUCCAUUCACUUCUUCCACCUCCCGAUUCCCACAACCAACUCUCUCUCUACCUAUCUAUCAGAUUUGGAUCCUGUUUCCUCUUUUUAUCCGGAUCACCGCUCCGAUCUCUCGAUCUGAUUCGCACCUGUAUAAUUUCUGCGGAUUCAAUCAAUCGACAGAGACCGAUCCGUACUUCGCUCGCAGCGAGAGGAUUUUUUCUAUGUUCCGACGCCGAGCGAGCUCCGUUCUCCCGUCGGCUCCAUGAGUAGAACGAUUCGAGCGGCUUUUCAUUUCGUUUUUGUGAGUGGUAACCAGACGAGGAGUGUGAUCUGGCGCCAAAUAAGGGCCAGAGCCGGCCGAUUUUAGAUGGUGGUAUGCAACAGCUGCAUCAGGAGUGUGAUUGCUCAAACCGUUGUUUUCUCCAGAACAAGGUUGCUAUCCAGCGGCAACGUCGGGAGGAAGACUUAUUCUUCGCGUAGUACUUUUGGCCUUCUUCGCCGGAAUAAUAUUAAUAAGUGGAAUCCUAGUUUCCCUGUUCGGACAAUCAUGAUGGUAGAUACAGGAUCCACGGCUGCGAAAGCCGCGCCAGCGGGCUGCGGCUUGCAGCCGGAGAAAGAAGAAGCCGGCGGAUAUCUCGGUGGAGCUUGUAAAAGUGAGGAUGGGAAAUUGAGCUGUGGGUACUCAAGUUUCAGAGGAAAGAGAGCAACCAUGGAGGACUGCUACGAUAUCAAAAUUUCGAAGAUUGACGAGAAACCAGUCUGCAUGUUUGGAAUAUUUGAUGGUCAUGGUGGUUCUCGAGCAUCUGAAUAUUUAAAGCAACAACUAUUUGAGAAUCUAAUGAAGCACCCAAAAUUCAUGUCAGAUACCAAAUCAGCUAUAAGUGAAACAUAUCAGCAGACUGAUGCCGACUUCUUAGAUUCUGAAAAGGAGACAUACAGAGAUGAUGGCUCUACUGCUUCAACAGCAGUGCUAGUAGGCGACCAUCUGUAUGUUGCCAACGUUGGGGAUUCCCGAACUGUGGUAUCCAAGGCUGGAAAAGCAAUUGCCCUCUCCGAGGAUCAUAAACCUAAUAGAAGUGAUGAACGGAAGAGAAUUGAAAAUGCUGGUGGUGUAGUGAUGUGGGCAGGCACAUGGAGGGUUGGCGGUGUAUUGGCCAUGUCACGUGCAUUUGGGAACCGUAUGUUAAAGCAAUAUGUAGUUGCAGAACCUGAAAUCCAGGAUCUGAAGGUAGAUGAUGAGUUUGAAUUGCUAGUCCUUGCAAGCGACGGACUAUGGGAUGUGGUACCGAACGAGGAUGCCAUCUCGCUCGCCCGAUCAGAGGAAGAACCCGAGGUGGCAGCGAAGAAGCUUGUGGAAACUGCUUUUACAAGGGGCAGCGCCGACAACAUUACGUGCAUAGUGGUGAGAUUCCACCACAACGAUGCUCCGGCAACCAUCAUUGCGGUGGAUACACCACCCGAGAAUAAAGAGAGCAGCAGCAGCAACUGAGUUCUGGUUCUUGUUGCAUGUGUAGGCUCAGAGUAAAACCUUUUUUAGGCAUAAUCUCUCUCUACAUAGAAAGAAAUCUGUGCAUGUCCCGUCGAGUUCUAGCCGAAAAAUGUUCAUAUUUAAGAAGUCAAUUUUUUUUCCCAUUCAUUUGUUUUUGUUUGUCUUUCUCUCCGUCGUUGCCCUCCAGCCUAACCUGAAAAUAAGUGUAAUUUUCUCCCUCCAUUUUGCUAUUUACUUUCUGUUUGUAUGUCAACAACAAGAAACCAUGAAAUUCGACGUGUCAGUCGUGUAACGGGUCACCCAAUUAUUCAGACCUAAGCCAAUCUCGAAUUUGCUUCCUUUCC